UGCGCCGGGGUCGCCGCGGCCCCGGCCGGGCUCCCCUCCCGUCGGGCCUUGUGGGUCCCUGCGGCGGGGGCUGGUCGGACCCCCGGACUCUGCGCCCCGGCAGCCGAGGGUCGCGAGGCGUGUGGGGGUUCCAGGUCUGAUGGCUGCAGCCAGCGUGACCCCCCCAGGCUCCCUGGAUGUGCUGCAGCCAGGCUUUUCCAAGACCCUCCUGGGGACCAAGCUUGAGGCCAAGUACCUGUGUUCUGCCUGUAGAAACGUCCUGCGGAGGCCCUUCCAAGCCCAGUGUGGCCACCGCUACUGCUCCUUCUGCCUCAGCAGCAUCCUCAGCUCUGGGCCUCAGAACUGUGCUGCCUGUGUUCAGGAGGGCAUCUAUGAGGAAGGCGUUUCUAUUUUAGAAACCAGCUCGGCCUUUCCAGACAACGCUGCCCGAAGGGAGGUGGAGAGCCUGCCAGCCGUCUGCCCCAACGAGGGGUGCACCUGGAAGGGGACCUUAAAGGAAUACGAGAGCUGCCAUGAAGGACUCUGCCCGUUCCUGCUGACUGAGUGCCCUGCGUGUAAAGGCCAAGUCCGCCUCGGAGAGAAGGAGCGCCAUGCCGAGCAGGAGUGUCCAGAGAGGAGCCUGGCCUGCCGCCACUGCCGGGCUCCGUGCUGCCGAUCAGAACUGGAGGCACACCAUGCGGUCUGCCCCAAGUUCCCCUUGACCUGCGAUGGCUGUGGCAAAAAGAAGAUCCCUCGGGAGAAGUUUCAGGACCACGUCAGGACAUGUGGCAAGUGUCGGGUCCCCUGCAGGUUCCACACUGUGGGCUGCCCUGAGCUGGUGGAAGUUGAGGAGCUGCAGGGGCACGAGAGACAGCAGUUGCAGGAACACCUGGCCCUGCUGCUGGGCACCCUACUGGACGCCCAGACCCGCCCGGGGGGUCAGGGCCCCGCAGAGUCUGGACUGUCGCAGCGCUGCCAGGCUCUGGAGCGGAAGACAGCCACGUUCGAGAACAUCGUCUGCGUCCUGAACCGCGAGGUGGAGAGGGUAGCCGUGACUGCAGAGGCCUGUAGCCGGCAGCACCGGCUAGACCAGGACAAAAUCGAGGCCCUGAGCAACAAGGUGCAGCAGCUGGAGAGGAGCAUUGGCCUAAAGGACCUGGCCAUGGCCGACCUGGAGCAGAAGGUCCUGGAGUUGGAGGCAGCCACCUAUGACGGGGUCUUUGUCUGGAAGAUCUCGGACUUCAGUAGGAAGCGCCAGGAGGCCGUGGCUGGCCGCACACCGGCCAUCUUCUCCCCAGCUUUCUACACAAGCAGGUACGGCUACAAGAUGUGUCUUCGAGUCUAUCUGAACGGUGAUGGCACCGGGCGGGGGACGCACCUGUCUCUCUUCUUCGUGGUGAUGAAAGGCCCUAAUGAUGCUCUGCUGCGUUGGCCCUUCAACCAGAAGGUGACGCUGAUGCUGCUCGACCAGAACAACAGGGAGCACGUGAUCGAUGCCUUCAGGCCGGAUGUGACUUCCUCAUCCUUCCAGAGGCCGGUCAGCGACAUGAACAUUGCCAGUGGCUGCCCCCUCUUCUGCCCUGUGUCCAAGAUGGAGGCCAAGAAUUCCUAUGUGCGGGAUGAUGCCAUCUUCAUCAAGGCCAUCGUGGACCUGACGGGGCUCUAACAGCACCUGCCGGGCACAGUGC